GCGCCGCCUCAGAAGUCGGGGCCUUGCGCGCGCGCGCGCCUGACAGGCCGCCGGAGCCGGCGAGUGAGCGAGCGAGCGAGGAACGGGCGGGGGAGGGAGGCGCCGGGGCGGAUGGAUGGAUGGAUCCCCGCGUGGCCUGGAUCCAGCCCGAGCAGAAAGGCCCCGCCAAUGCGCUCUGGAUGCAGAUCUGGGAGACCUCGCAAGGCCGCGGCGGAGGCGGCUCCGGCUCCUCCUCCUCUUCCUCGCCGCCUACGCCCUCUUCGCCGCGCUCGCCCUUCCCUCAGGCAGCGCAGGCCCGACACUCCCUGGGCCGCUGGACAACGACGACGACGCUCGCCGCCAAGCCGCCGCCACCGCCGCUCCUGACCGAGAGGCCGCCGCCGCCGCCACGGCUGCUGCUGCUGCACAAGCCGCCUCCAGUGCCUCCUCCGCCCUCCUCCUCCUCCUCCGCGGAGUCCGGCGCUGACAGCCCCGGCGGGCCGCCUUCGUUCUCCUCGCCGCCGCCGCCGCCGCCCUCAGGGUCUCGCCAGGCCUCGCCCGGAGGGAAGCCGGCGAAGCGGAGCGGGGAAGCGGCGGCGCAGAGCCCGAGGCCGGCGGACGCCUUGCCCCCGCACCUGCCCGCCCGCCACCUCCACCAGCACCAGCACCAGUACCACCCAAGCCGAAGGAAACGGGAGAACAAGGCCAGCACGUAUGGGAUGAACUACCUGCUCUCCGGAGGAGGAGGCGGCGGCGGCGGCGGGCCUUGUCCCCAUGAGCAGCCCGCGCUGAGCCCCGCUCCGGGCACCCCGUGGAAAAGCAGGCAGCGCUACAGCCCCGGCAUCCAAGGGCUUCAUGAAGAAAUAAUGGACUUUUAUGCCUUCAUAUCCCCUCGUCCUGAAGAAGAAGUCAUGAGAAGAGAAGUAGUGAAAAGAAUAAAAAUGGUCAUUAAAGAUCUUUGGCCUACAGCAGAUGUUCAGAUAUUUGGAAGUUUUAGUACAGGGCUCUAUCUGCCAACUAGUGAUAUUGAUUUAGUCGUUUUUGGGAAAUGGGAGAGCCCCCCUCUGCAGCUUCUGGAACAAGCACUAAGGAAACACAAUGUGGCUGAGCCAUAUUCAAUUAAAGUACUUGACAAAGCUACGGUACCAAUAAUAAAGCUUACAGACCAGGAAACAGAAGUGAAAGUUGACAUUAGUUUUAAUAUGGAAACUGGUGUGAAGGCAGCUCAACUUAUCCAAGACUACAUGAAGAAAUACUCAUUGCUGCCUUACUUGAUUUUAGUAUUAAAACAGUUCCUCCUUCAAAGGGAUUUGAAUGAAGUUUUUACUGGUGGAAUUAGCUCUUACAGCCUAAUUUUAAUGGCAAUUAGCUUCUUACAGUUGCACCCAAGAAUUGAUGCUAGAAGACUGGAGGAAAAUCUUGGAAUGCUUCUAAUAGAAUUUUUUGAACUCUAUGGAAGGAAUUUUAAUUACUUGAAAACUGGUAUUAGAAUAAAAAAUGGAGGUGCCUAUAUUGCCAAAGAAGAACUCAUGAAAGCCAUGACCAAUGGAUAUCGACCUUCCAUGUUAUGUAUUGAAGAUCCUCUUCUGCCUGGCAACGAUGUUGGAAGAAGUUGUUAUGGUGCCAUGCAAGUAAAGCAAGUUUUUGAUUAUGCCUACAUUGUUCUAAGCCAUGCAGUAUCACCACUUGCGAGAUCGUAUCCCAACAGAGAUUCAGAAAGUACCUUAGGAAGAAUCAUCAAAGUGACACAGGAAGUGAUUGACUACAGAGCUUGGAUUAAGAAGAAAUGGGGAAGCAAAGCUAAUUUGUCACCUGAUCUUGGUAUUCCAAUGAAAGGGAGAGAACCAAUAUCUGCAUGUAAUGUAGUCCAGAAUGGUGAUGCUGAAUCGGCAUACAACCAGCCUUUGCCUUUGUCAUUUACUGGUGCUCAGCAGCUGUCAUCAGGCUCAUCUGCCUCUUCCGUUUCUUCUCUUUCUGGCAGUGAUAUUGAUUCAGAUACUCCACCUUGCACAACUCCUAAUGUGUACCACUUCAAUCUCCAAGCACCAUCUCAGCUUACAGUUGGUUUACCACCAGCAUUGCCUGUGCCAAGUGGUAAAAUGCAAUCUGUGCCUGCAAGAACAUUGAUUAUGACUACUAAUAAUCAGCAGCACAAUGGAAUGAAGCUAACGGUGAAAGCAGCUCACAAUCAUACUCAAGGCAGCGGAUACAGUUCUUCUGGCAAUGGAGCCAUGAGGCAGCCUGUUAGCAACCGAGGGCACCACCAACAUAACCGUAGUAUCUGGAGAAGAAAGAAAUACAGAGACAGUUUGCCUAUUAGCCUUAGCAGAUAAUGGCCAACCUCAGAGUGUCCACUUAAGACUUACGCAGUGUGUGUGACACUAGUCUGGACUUGAGAACAGCACUGGGCGUUUCAGUUUGUGGAUGUUGCCAAAUAUCUGCAUCCAACCUUGCAUGUUUCUUUGUGUGGUGGUGGAGUCCAUCUUAAAAGAAAUAAUUGUGCUUAUCUGUGAAGCCUUAUUAAAUGUGGAAGUUUGUCUUCUGCCUAUCCAUGAUUACUACAGUGCCGAAGCAGCUGUGGCAGAAGUACUGUGAGGACCAUAAAUGCGGUGGCGCCUUCUGGUGUAGCUGCAUUUGUUCAUUAUAGCUUUUUUGUUUUGUCAGAAAAGUAUAGAUGGUUUGGACUUUCCUUUGUAGCAAAUCUUUGUGACUUUGCUUGUUGCCUUCCCAUUUCUUGUUUAAACCUUUUGUUAUCAUACUCAUAUCAAACAUAACUUUUGUGCAAUAACUCUGAAUGUUUUUCAUUUAAGUUAUAUUUAAGGAAUGAAGGGUGUACAGUAUGUAAUUUUAUUAUUUGCUUGCUUUACAGAUCCUUUCCCAGAUUGCAUUUUUUAAGUUGGGGUUCACUACGUUAACUCUAGCUAAUGGGGAGGGCACAAUCUAGUGCUCUUGCAAAGGUCAUACUUGUUUCAAUGUGGAUCACGCAAGAUAAGUUGGACCUUCAAUUGAUUCCUUAAAAUUGAACAAAGAUCAGCAUAAAGAAUUCCAGUUUUUUAGGGUAAAGGUGAAUAAGUCCCAGACGUCCAUCUACAAAUGCUUUUAAUUAGUUUUAUUUACCCUCUGGUUGGCUCCAAGCAUUGUUGCUGAAUGAAAUAUCCAACUUAAAGAAUGUGGAGAAAGGAACAUAUAUUGAUUCCAUUAAGGAAUCUGAUUAGCAGCGUGCAUUAGUUCUGUUAAAAGCAACUACCUGCAAUGUACCUUUGGGCUUCUCUAGGCUUUUAAAGUAUCAGUCUGUUAACUUGUAAAAGAGCACAGUCCUGUGCAACACACAUCGUCUGUGGCAGUCACUUGAUUUAAAGAUGCAUACAGGGAUUCUAUGCAAGUAUGUAUGGCCAUGGCAACCUCUGCUAACUUUUUUAAAGCAACAAAACACACAUCUUGUGUAGCCCUGGUGUUUUUUUUUAAGCACUAUAUUCUCAUUGUCACUGGCUGCAUCUUUUCCUUGUUUUAAAGAUAAGAAGUCUUAAAUCUCAACAGCACUGUAUAAGUAGCUCUGCUUAGAGGAGGAGCUUAGAAAAAAUUGCUAUCUUGACAUCUAAAGGAUAUACAGAAGUGAAUGUUCUUAACUGAUAUUUGAAUGUUUGAAAUGGAAUGGUUUUUCUAAUAGUGAGCUUUAGUAUCUGCAGGCUUGCCUUGAGAGGCGGUGCAGCACAUAUUAAAGAAAACAUUGUCCAAAUUAAUGCAAGGCCUUUGGAUAGUGAGAGAAGAGAGCGCAACAUUCCAAAGUAGAGUAGCACAUUUUGUCUCCAGUUCAUGUUGAUCCAGAGUUUAACAAGAAAUAAAACUUUUAAUAUUAUUUACCUAUUAUUAAUGAAUAUUCAUAUUGGUAUUGGUUAUAGCUGCUGUUUUGAUACUCUGAUGGGCAUGAAGUGUAUAUGACUUACUGUACCAGCAUCUCUUGGGAAAGGUGUGUCACGUUUACGAGUAUAAAACCUCUUCAUCAGGCAAAUGUGAUUAAGGCAGAGGCUUUGCAAAUGCACACUGGCAAUUGAGUAGCCUGCAGCCAGAAGUAAACAAUCAGUGUCUCUCCUAGUCAGUCAUAGGUUAUAAGAUAUUACGUUUUCUCAGAAUAAUUCUUGAACAUUGCUGCCAAGAUCUCCACAUACACAAAAGGUUUUUCUGUCUCACAAUGGGGAGCUCUUCAGAGCAGCAUCCAAUGCAGUGCAAGGGGUUGCAGAAAGAAGGAAAAAUAGUUUGUGUGCCCCCUUUCUCAUGCAGAAUCACAGGACCCCAGUCCUGGUGUAUAUAUUGCUCCAGAUGAAUGAUAAUUUUACAACUGAUAACUAUGUGAACAGCAAUUGGAUUUUGAAUUGCCAAAAAUCUCAGUCCUGCUUUGAUAUUGGAUGUAUAUCUUUGCUUUGACUGUUUUUUAAACCUUGUGAAAGGUUUUUAAUAGAUGCUGAUACAAUAAGGGAUCUAAACUUGAAUAAACCAGUAUUCAAGGGCUGAUUAUAGACCUGUACUCACUCUUACAUGCUAGCAAUAUUGAAUAUGAACCUAUGUUAUGGAAACCUCUGUGUCUUAAACAGAGUCCAUUUAAAAGCAGAAUAGGCUUAAGAGAAGCAGAUAUCAUGUUCCAUUUCAGUCAUGGUGAACCAAUAAAUUGCACUGCUACCACUCUGGUUAUAUUCUAUGCUGCUGUGGAUAGCUAAUUAAAAUAUCAUGUUCAGUUUCUUUUUGUGUGUAUAACAAUGUGGGAAGCUAAAAUACAUAUUUUUAUGUGAAGUUUUGUAUUCUUUGAUUUUUAAUAAAUUUUCAAAGCCA